CUUCUACUCCUGUUGUGCCUAGCUGAAAAGUCUAUAUAGAAUUCCAGAAGGUGGUGACCAUGAAAUUUGAUGGUACCGCGGGUUUUGAGCAGAUGGGAUCAUGGAUUACCGAGGUGGAGAGGGGAUUCCGCCUACUGAAGAUUUCUAAUGAUCUUAAGGUCAGGGAUGAGCAAGCCAAAACUAAUAGAUUUUUAUGGGGCUUGGAUCCUGACAUCUAUCUGGCGGUGAAUCAAUUCAAACUUGCCACUUAUAGAAAGGCGACAGAUAGAGCCAUAGAUCAAGACAAGGCUAUGGCUAGAGUCAAUACACCAAAUCUGCAAAAAGUGGGGUCAUCCCUUGGGAAGAGAAAAUUUGAUGGGAGCCAUAGACCCUUUAUCUUUACACCGCCUAAGUCUGAUAUUGGCAAGAGUUCUAAAGAGCUAAGGGUUACCAAGACUGUGAGUCAGGUAUCAGCAGCCCAGUGUACUCAUCUUACUCCACCUAUUUGCCCCACUUGUGGAAGAGUUGGGCACACCCGCGACCAAUGUCACAUUAAUAUUGGGGCUUGCUUCAGAUGUGGCAAGCAGGGACGUCGAGUUGCUAAUUGCCCACAACCGGACCCCAGAGCUCAGAGUACUCAAUCCACAUCACAGCAAGGUUCUACUAAUCAGGGGGCACAAAAACAGAAUGUCAGGGUUAGGACAAGACCCCAACAGGCGAAAGUGCACGUGAUGACUUACAAGGAAGCUACAGCUAUCGACAUAAUCACGGUUUCUGUCAUUGAUGCCAGUAGGGUGAUGUUGAGAGUAAAAGACAUCCCUGUGGUGUGUGAGUUUCCGGAUGUAUUUUCGAAGGAUCUCCCACGUUUACCUCCAGAUAAGGAGAUUGAAUUUGCUAUUGAUCUUGUUCUUGACAUCGGACCUAUUUCCAAAGCCCCGUACCGUAUGGCCUCUGCGGAGUUGAAGGAGGUAAAGGUCCAGCUGGAGGAACUCCUUGAGAAAGGGUUUAUACAACCUAAUGUGUCACCUUGGGGAGCUCCAAUGUUGUUUGUUAAAAAGAAGGAUGGGAGCAUGAGACUAUGCAUAGAUUACCAAGAACUAAAUAAGUUGAAGAUUAAACUUGAUGAUGUGCCAAAGACUACCUUUCGUACCCGCUAUGGUCAUUAUGAAUUCCUGGUUAUGCCUUUUGGCUUAACAAAUGCCCCUCAUUUAAGGACAGUUCUCGAGACAUUAAGAAGUGAAAGGCUGUUUGCUAAAUUUAUGAAGUACGAAUUUUGGCUAGAUAAUGUUGCAUUCCUAGGUCAUGUUGUGACUAAGGAUGGAAUCUCCAUUGACCCCCAGAAGAUUGAGGUCGUGGUGGAUUGGAAAAGGCCGAAUAGUGUUGCAGAAGUCCGUAGUUUUCUGGGAUUGGCUGGUUAUUACUGCCGAUUUGUCUCUAGAAUUGCUCUGCCAAUGACCCGUCUGAUUAGGAAGAACACCAAAUUUGAGUGGACUCCAGAGUGUGAGAAGAGUUUUUCGAGCCUUAAAGAGAAACUGGUCACUGUUCCUUUAAAGCCUUAUGAAGAAAAUUACUCUACCCAUGAUUUGGAGUUGGCAACUGUGAUAUUUGCACUCAAGAUCUGGUGGCAUUAUCUAUACGGUGAGACUUGUGAAAUUUUCAUCGAUCGUAAGAGUCUCAAGUAUAUUUUCAUGCAAAUGGAGAUUAACAUGAGGCUGAGGCAAUGGCUUGAACUUUUGAAAGAUUAUGACUUAAUCAUUAGCUACCAUCCAAACAAAGCCAACAAAGUAACAGAUGCGUUGAGUAGGAAGCCCCCUGGCACUACUUCUAGCAUCCUUACCCCCCAGAAGGAGUUACUUGAGGAUCUUGUGAAAUUGGAUGUGGAAUUGAGAAUGAACAGUACUACAGCUUAUCUAGCUGCUCUUAGUGCACAACCGGCAUUAAUUGAUAAAAUUAAAAUUGCCCAACACAAAAAGAUCCUUUCUUGCAAAGAUUGGAAGGGUUCAUGGGAUCAGCACUUAUCCAUGGCUGAAUUUGCCUAUAAUAAUAGUUACCAGUCCAGCAUCCGCAUGGCACCAUUUGAGGCUUUGUAUGGUCGAAGGUGUAAAUCACCUGUUUGCUGGGCAGAGAAAAGCUAUGCGGAUAGAAGGAGACGAGACCUUGAGUUUGAAGUCGGUGACCAUGUAUUUUUGAAGGUGUCACCCACUCGAGGUGUCCUUAAGUUUGGCAUCCAGGGAAAAUUGAGUCCGAGGUAUAUUGGACCAUAUCCUAUCCUAGAAAGGGUUGGCGAGGUAGCUUACCAAUUGGAGUUGCCUAGAAACUUAGCAGGUGUUCAUGAUGUAUUCCAUGUGUCUUUACUUCGGAAGCAUAUUCCCAACCUGAGCCACAUCAUUGAUCUCGAACCCAUUCAGCUUCGAGAAGAUCUCACUUAUGAUGAGCACCCGAUCUGUAUUUUAAACUUCAAGGAGAGGAUAAUGCGGAGAGCGACCAUUCAUUUUGUUAAGCUGCGUGUUUUCGCUCUUCUUCUUUUCCCCUACAGCCGAACAAGAGCCCCAAGCCCGACGGCACCCACCCCUUGAGAAACGGUAAAAAGCUUGAUUUCUUUCCCUUCUUUUCUUGUUCAAGAACGAGAUUUAGACUUAGAAAUCUUUCCCUCUACAAAAAAUUUCAGAUCUACUUUGUUCCUUCCCUUGCUCUUGGUUGUGUGUGGGUGUGAAUUUUUCAAGUUUCUGAUAAGGAAACAGCCACCAAUUCCUCUUUUCUUCCUUGAUUUGGCUUGGGUUUACUCUACUUUCUUUUGGUUUCUCCCAAUUUCUGGUAGAUCCCCUAAGUUCUCUUG